AUGCAUCCGGAUUUAGUAACUGAAGAGUUUAUGGCGAAGCUACAAGUAAAAGAAGAAUCAAUUGAAGACGAACCCAAAAUUGAUUUAGAAGAAGAGGACUAUGACGACGACGAUGAUCAUGAGGUUGAACUUGUUGAUGCUACUGAAGAAGAAUUUUCAUUUGUAUGUGGAGUACUUACAUCACCAGUAGCAGCAGAAGAAGAAUUUGAUAAUGGUCAAAUCAGACCAUUUUUUCCUCUCUUCAAUCAAGAUCUUCUCUUGUCUGAUAUUGAUUUCCAGCACUUGAAAAAACGCGCAGCACCUGUCAAUCCUCCAACAACAUCCAAUGAAGAAAUCUCUGGACCCUAUUGCGAAUGGUCAAAAAAGGCAACAAAUAUAAAUAAUUCAGCUGAUAAUAAGAGUACUUGCAAAAAGAGUAAUUCAACUGGGUUUUCAAAGCUAUGGAGAUUUCGAGAUUUCAUGAAUAGGAGUAACAGUGACGGAAGAGAUGCAUUCGUAUACUUGAACAACAAUACUACUACAACAACGUCAUCUUUGUCAAACGUUGUCAAGAAAGAAGAUAAAAUUGUUUCGCAGAAGAAAAUGGAAAUCAGUGGAGACGGAGUUGUGAAAUUAGUAACACAAAAUAAGAAGAAAAUAAAAAAGAGUGAAGCUGUGUUAGCACAUGAAGUUUAUAUGAAAAGUAAAGCAAAACAUGAGGAACGCCGGCGAUCCUAUCUUCCUUACCGGCCGGACCUUGUUGGUUUCUUCACUAAUGUUAAUGGCGGAUUAACCAGGAAUGUACACCCCUUUUAACAUAAUCAAAAUUACUUUUUUCUUUUCAUUUUGGAGAUGAAGUUUUUUUUUUUUUUUUUAAUACUUAUUUUCAUUCUAGUUUUAAUUUUAUGACUAUUGAUCAGGGUGAACAUAGCUCUUGGGAUGUUUCAAA